GUUUUGCAUGGCUAAAAAGAAAGUUGACUUAAAAGCUCGUCAUGGGCCAGAUCAUAGGUUAAAGUUGAUAGAAAUCGUUGGAAUUUAUUAUUCAAGCCCAUGAAUUUAUCCAUUCGAGCCGUUUUGGCUAUUGGCGGCGUCUUUUUGGGCUGUUGCAGUGCCGUUGUUUUCCUGGAACUGCUGGUAAAACUGGAUCCCGGCGCUGGAAACCUAAUAACCGCCGCCCAGUUUGCCUUUAUUGCCCUGGAAGGGUUCAUCUUUACCUCGCGCUUCGGAUUGGCCCAGCGGUUGAUCAGUCUGCGGGACUAUGCGCUCCUAGUGGCCAUGUUCUUCCUCACCAGCGUGUGCAACAACUACGUAUUCGAGUUCAAUGUCCCAAUGACGCUACACAUGAUUAUACGCGGCGGUUCCCUCAUCUCGAAUAUGUGCCUGGGCACGUUGAUUUUGAAGAGGAGCUACCGCCUCAGUCAGUACAUAUCGGUGGUAAUGAUCAGCGUCGGCAUUUUCAUCUGCACCUACUUCUCCAGUCGGGAUUUCGGGGGUAAGAUGGAGAACCUUAGCGGUAACACCGAGGCUGAUAUAUUCUGGUGGCUGGUGGGCGUCCUACUCCUGGUGUUGGCUCUGUUUGUAUCCUCCUACAUGGGGAUCACCCAGGAAUUGCUGUAUCGACGUCAUGGCAAAUGUGCGAGAGAAGCUUUGUACUAUACUCACCUAUUGCCACUGCCCGCCUUUCUCCUGAUGCAGGAUAACAUCAGGACGCACUGGCUCCAGGCCUUCGCAGGCGAGGCGUACCAGUUGCCUCUUUUAGGGGUGGCAGUGCCCUUAAUUGUGAUGUAUUUGUUGGGCAACGUUUUGGCCCAACAUCUGUGCAUCAGCUCUGUUUAUACUCUGACCACGGAAUGCAGCUCACUGACGGUUACUCUGAUCUUAACCCUUCGAAAGUUCAUCUCGCUGGUCUUUUCCAUCAUAUACUUCCGAAAUCCAUUCACUCUGUACCACUGGCUGGGCACAGUUUUAGUUUUUAUAGGCACCCUAAUGUUUGCAGAUAUGAUCAGAGUUCCCGAAAGGGCAAAUCGGACUUUGAAACAAGAAUAGACUUUAUACGACUUUUUGUGACGAACAAUGUUUUAAUUCCAUUUACAUUUACAUUUAAGUACAAAUUAAAAUUACAAGACUCUCAUAAUUGUUAUGAAAAGAAGACAUACAUUAAAAGUAAUAAAAAACGUGAUGCUCUGGA